ACCCUCUCACAGUCCACUAUGCUUGUGAAGGAACUACUUUGCCCAACCACAAAUCAAUGGGACCCUGUGGCAAUCCGUAGACACUUACCUCAGUAUGAGGAUUCAAUCCGCUCUAUCAGUACCAGCAGCUUGCGUUUGCAAGACUCCCUGAUCUGGUUACCAGAAAAAUCUGGUCUUUACACAACGAAAUCGGGAUACCACCUGGCGAGAAACUCCCCUGUUUUGACCUCCACGUCUAUUCAUGCCUUCAAUUGGAAUAAGAGUAUCUGGCAAAUCAAAGCAGCCCCAAAAAUCAAGAAUUUCUUGUGGAAAGCCUCUUCUGGAGCGCUCUCUCUGGGAUCUAACCUCGCUAAGAGAGGUCUAAUGGCGGCCUGGAGUUGUAAGAGGUGUGGGGAAAGGGAAGAUGAACUCCAUCUGUUCCUUGAUUGCCCUUUCGCAAAAUCAGUCUGGGAUGCUGCACCUAUGCAGGUACAAUUUUCUGCAGUUAGGGUCCAAAAUUUCCAAUCCCUGUUAACAAAAGCUCUCCAAUCGCUAUCGCUUCCACCUACGGGCCUCUUCCUUUCUCCUCUAGCCCCAUGGUUAUUGUGGAAUCUCUGGAAGGCCCGUAAUUACCUUAUCUUUGAGGAUCGCCAUUUCUCAGCGAAAGACAUCAUCAUCAAAUCGUUAACUGAGGCCAAAGCUUGGCAAGCGGCUCAGCUUUCAUUACCAAAACAAUCCACUACGAAGGCAGUGCAGGGAGCAAGACAGGAAAACACGGAGGCAGUUAAGUGUUUUGUUGAUGCAGCAUGGCACGCGACAACUGGGGUUUGUGGACAGGGAUGGAUCAUCUAUGACCCCAGUGGUAAUGCCCCAUUGCGAUUCUCGGACUCUCAACACUUUGUGGCUUCAGCUCUUACCGCAGAGGCUCUGGCCCUAAGGAAUGCGCUACUGACUAUAAAGAAUGAUCCGCGGCUCGCUACAAUCACGAGCUUAGAGAUGUUUUCGGACUCACAAACCCUCAUCUCAGCUCUCAAAUCAAAAGCAAGCUCUAAGGAGCUCAAAGCUAUUCUCCUUGAUAUCACUUGUUUAAGUGAAUCUUUUUCCUCUAUCGCUUUCAAUUUCAUCCCUCGUUUGGAUAAUGUUGUAGCUGAUUCUAUUGCAAAGUCUGCACUUUUGGCAGCAAACUCUUCCUCCUCCUAUGGAGUGUAACCGGUCUCUUCUAUUAAUCUACUAGUUUGUUCAAAAAAAAAAGAAACUCAAAUUAAAUACUCCAAUACCAG